AUGGGGAAUCAACCUCUUGGGACCUUUCCCGGUUGGUCCGGGGCAAGUCAAAUACCUUAUAGUGGCCAUCAACUACUACACCAAAUGGAUAGAGGCCGAACCAUUGGCCAGCAUAUCAUCCGCCAAUUGCAGAAAGUUCAUGUGGAGACAAACGGGCAAGUUGAGUCCGCAAAUAAGGUCAUCUUGCUGGUCCUCAAGAAGCGGCUGGAUAACAAAAAAGGUGCAUGGGCCGACGAACUCGCCUCGGUCCUCUGGUCUUACCGUACAACCGAAUUGUCUUCCACGGGAGAAACCCCCUUCCGCCUGACGUACGGGGUGGACGCUAUGAUUACCGUGGAGAUCGGCGAGUCGAGUCCUCGGAUACUUCUGAAGGGAGUAGAAGAAGCAGUAGAAAAGGACCUGGUGGAUGAGGCCAGGGAAAUGGCCCAUUUGACAGAAGUAGCACUGAAGCAAAGAAUGGCCCUGCGCUACAACACCAAAGUACUCAGGAGGGAAUUUGGAGAAAAUGACCCCGUCUUACGACGCAACGAUAUAGGGCUAUCGACCCAAGGGAAAGGAAAACUGGCGGCAAAAUGGGAAGGACCCUAUAGGGUCAGAAAAGUUCUCGGCAAAGGCGCCUACAAAUUAGAAAAACUCGACGGCAAGAAAAUCCCAAGAACAUGA